AUACCUAAGGAAUCCUUGAAUCACCUAACAAAACCGGACAAGGAUGAGGACGAACAACUUCAAAUCGUUUUACGAUACUGGUCAGAGAAGAACGACGAAAACGUAGCGGAAGAUCUUGCCACUCUCAGGAAAGACCUCGAGAGCUUAAAGCAAGAAGGUUAGUAAUCCCGAAGUUUCCCUUUGUUUUAUUCUGCAGCUUGCUGAGGCCACCUGUUUAAAAUACACUGAAUGUACCUGCUACUUGUUAGAGACAUAAAGGAUCGGUCAAGUUACUCUGCUCGGCUUCGGUUGGCCAUGGUGUAUUCGCUGUUUAUAAACGCAACUGGGGAGUGCUGAGAGGAAAUCUGCGGUGGACAAUUAUGCCACUGAGGGCAGGACAGAUAAAAUUAAGUAACUUGCCAGCACUGGAAGAAAAUAAGAGACUGUUGCUGGUUUAUGUUUCGACUGUACUUUGUGCCACCCUUGUACCCUUGAAUUAGUCACUUCCACGAACCUUCCUAUUAGCUCUCCUAUUAGAUUUCCAUUUAAGAAAUGGUAAACGUGCGGCAUAACAUAAUCAAAAGAGAAAACAUUUCCAUUUUCCUUCGGUUGGGUCAGUCAUCGGUACUAUAGACAAGUUGAUGUAUGCUGUCAUCUGCCCGCGCGUAAACAAAUCAUGCCUUUCAGUUUUUCUUUCGCCUAAUCAACCGUUCUCCGUCGUAGGUAAAUUGCAACACGUUUUUUGUUGUUAUUUAUUCUGAAUGGCACUGUCUAUUUGGUCGGUAAAUACUUUGAGGGAAAAUUAUAGCUGUAACUUUAAACACUGUAAACUAAAGAAACAACUGUGACAAUUUUUGCAAGAAACGUAAAGUAGAAAUGAGAAAAAAUGACUAUAUUCCCUUUGCAAUAAUAGGUACAUACCUAUUAUUGCUGCGCACGCAUUCCGUAGCUACCAUGAAACCACGUGCUUCAAAAUCUGAUACUUUGUGAGUUUUGUCAUAGAAGCCUUUGCUUAUGGAACUCAAAACAGUCGGUAAGUUUUCCUCUUGUAUUUCAGACAUUGACUUCGAACUUUCGAACACUGAAUUCAUAGCGGAUUUAUGUUUUGGUUUUAGAAAACCGAACUCGUGCGUAGGAUUUACGGGAUUGGAUUUGAAUUAGUUUGGAACUACUCUGACUUCGGCUCAUCCUCGGUGUAAGAACCCACACAGACGUCAUAAACUAUCGCAACAAUAAUAGCUCUCUCCUGCUUGCUCUCACAUGGGUCAUAUGGGUCAUAUGGGUCAUUUGGGUCAUUUGGGUCAUAUGGGUCAUAUGGGUCAUUUGGGUCAUAUGGGUCAUUUGGGUCAUAUGGGUCAUAUGGGUCAUUUGGGUCAUUUGGGUCAUAUGGGUCAUAUGGGUCAUAUGGGUCAUAUGGGUCAUAUGGGUCAUAUGGGUCAUAUGGGUCAUAUGGGUCAUUUGGGUCAUAUGGGUCAUAUGGGUCAUUUGGGUCAUUUGGGUCAUAUGGGUCAUUUGGGUCAUAUGGGUCAUAUGGGUCAUUUGGGUCAUAUGGGUCAUAUGGGUCAUAUGGGUCAUUUGGGUCAUAUGGGUCAUUUGGGUCAUAUGGGUCAUAUGGGUCAUAUGGGUCAUUUGGGUCAUAUGGGUCAUAUGGGUCAUUUGGGUCAUAUGGGUCAUAUGGGUCAUUUGGGUCAGACAGGCCGUUCGUACACGGAAGACCUGGGAGAGUAACAUUCUCCUCCCCAGAUCCCCUGUUUUGCUCUUGACCGUCCUUCUUAGCCGGCGAGGCAUGAAAACAGACUCAUGUUCCUCCUGGUGACAGGGAGAGGAGAGUCUGUUGACGAAAAUAAGAGUAACAAUUGACAUGCUUUCCAGUUUCGUCAUCCAGCUGAAAUACCCUGACUGGUUUUUGCUUUACUUUCACGUUCGUGAAAUUUUGCGUUCCUUUUAUUGUAAUCUUGUUUUUUCUUAUCGAAAAUUUCAUUAUGUGGAGAAAACGUGCCAACUUUUUAAGACUGGACCGGUUUGAGUGAUUCCACUUACCUCUUGCCAAGGGUUCUCGCCUACCCGUCCCCACUGAGCGAAGGUUAGGAGAGAGAACCUGGGAACGAGGUUGCCAUUAACGUGAAUCUCGUGUUCAUAUUGGCGUUUUGGUCAAACCAAUUUAGGAGACUUAAAAUAAAAAUAAUUAUUCUUAAUAGGUUAUUCAACCACCUCAUAGGGCAAGGUCCUUCAUUUUGUGGCAUUUAACCAGGAUGACGUCUUCUCUGAUUCCACUCACAAAAUCAAUAAAAAAAAUCAUAUUCGCUUUGUCAACCCCUCCCAGACCCCACCAGAAUAACAAAUAUACAAUGUAUUAUGAAAUAGCAGAUAGAUAUCCAGUUUCUUUUUAAAAUAAGGAUUUCAAAUACAUGCUGAUUGAAUAAAAAAAACUAGUUUGAGUGGUAGCCUACAGAAAUUAUCAUAGAGGACCAUGUUUUCAUUCUACAACUGAAUGAGAUCAAUUUUUUUGGCUUCAUGGAGUGUACCAGAUGUCUAACACCAUGUUCUGUUUUUUUUUCUUCUGUACCUUAAGGGGGCAUACAGAAAUAUUGAACUUAUAAUGAAAUAAAAAAAAGCAAUGACUUUUUAGGCAACAGGAUAAAGGUAUUAUUGAAAACAGAAUGAACAUCACUUCAUGUAAAAGGAACAUUUACAUUUUCUUUGCCAACGUUUUUGGCUGUAAAUUUAAAUAUAAUAUUAUUUAUUGUAACACAAUUUAAAGCAAAACUUACAAAUCAGAGACUAAGAUUACAAAACUAUUUGUAAUCAAAUAAAUCUCCUAUAUUUGAGCAACUACAUGAAACAGGAUCUUAUUACUUGUGUAAGUUUUGAACACCAGAAGUUGCUAUGUACUUUAAGUGUGCUUUUUUUACAGUGCUACACUUAGGAACUAUGCUAUAUAAUUGCCACUAAAACUUGUAGAAAACACUAAUCCAAUGAAAAGAUUCAUCUUUCUUCAGAGUACAUACGAUAAUGCAGAAAUCUUUCUCUUCACUGAUUCAGUAUCAUGCUUUCAACGUGUAAUGAAUGUAUCAAAGUAUUCUUGCAAAGCCAUCCAGCUCGCAAACACAGAACCCGGUAACCAUUAUUGGGACUUGUUCUCAACAGGGUGAAACUAAUUUUAGAUUUGAAUGUCAACAGUUACUAAAAAACAAUACUUAACAGAACAAUUUACAACAUGGACAUAAGUGUAGAAUACAGCUAUUCAAACCAAUUUAGUCGUACUUGUGCCUUCAAUAAUGUCUCAUAAACUUCAUUGUCCUGAAGAUAAGACAUGACUUUCCUUUUGACUUUUGAAUGUUUUUCUCAAUAACUUCUUUUGAUGCCGUUUCUUUUGUUCUUUUUCUGCCGCAAUCUGUCCGAUCCCUCAGCACGAGCUUGAAAUCCCCUUUAAGCCGUGCCCUCAGUUUCCAUAAUGGGGAACCCUUUGCCCCUUUCUUUGGAAUUUUACUUGUCACCCGCUGUAUUGCAAUCUGGUUCUCCACUGACAGCAAUUGUCAAUGAAAAAGUUAUUUAUACAAUUUCCCUUGGCAUAAAGUUGCUUGCGAAGAUUUUUUAAAGCAGGCUCAACUUAAGUGAAACUUGUACCCUUACAUAGCUUCCAAGACAUUACCACUCCUCUUUCAUUCAUCACGAUGAACAGACUAUCAUAAAAUUUUAUCCACUUUCCACCUUGAAGGUGUCAUCUGAUGAGCUCAAGGUACUUGCUGUCAUUUCAUUCAUCCUUUGCUCGUGUAAACUUUCCUUUAAAAAGUACUCGUGAAUAAAACACGCAGCGGCAAUUUUCUCACUCACUCCUCUGCCUUGCAGCGAAAGGGGGAAACUCGUGUCUAUCUUCUUUUUUUUUCCUUAAGAAAGUUUGCGUGACCCAUAUUCGUCAUACAGGCUCUGUUUCCAUGACACCUGAACGUCUUUUUACUUCGGCGGAGCGCGAAGUAAAGGAUUCGCGACGCUCAGGAAUGUAUCAAAGUUGCCAUUUUUUGACAGGAUUGGAAAUGCAAAGUCUGUAGGUUUUCGGUUUUAUUCGGCUAUUUGACGAAGUGAGAGCCGAAUUAGUUCGAGAUAUCUCGAGAUCACUUCGAUUUCUUUGAUUUAUUCUUCAACUUUUUCGAGGAAGAAGGAAUUAUUAUUUUGGCUUUCCCGGGGUUUGAACCGACUCACCUGUGUGACCCGUCAGGUCAGAGGAGACUCUAAGUUGAGGGAUUAGCCGAUUGCGCUACUGCGACCCAAGGUGGUUCGGCAUAUGAAAAAUAGCUAUGAAAUUAUGCACUAGUUUCGGGAGAAGAUUGGGCGUGCAAGUUCGCGACUUUUCGGCUUGUUUCGGCUAUUUCACGGAAUGAAACCGGGCUGCUUUGUGAUAUCUUGAGAUCACUUCGAGUUUAGUCUUUAAUUUACUCGAGGAAUGAAUAGAGGAUAUUACGUGGCCGCGCAGAGACACAAAAUUUCUCUUCGAGUGUUGAAAAACAUUUCACGAGUGAGCCCUCCUUUCGCACUGCCUUAUGAUGAAUUUAAAGUUACAAAAUGCUGCACAAAUACAUUUUGUCGUUGUUGAGUGUUACGUAGUAAAAUUGCUUUCAUGCGUUGCGUGACUUUCUCGAACGUUCUCUACUUUUUUGGAUUAUUCAUGAAAAAUUAAUUAGGGCAUGUUCACAUUUCAGCAUGAGUCAGCAGAUUUGCAUCAGUUGCUGAAAUCAUAAAAUAUGUCGAAAAGUUACUACUAUUCGCCCGUUUAGUAUUUUCUAGAACCUUAUGUCAAACGGUAUACAAGUUCCAAGCGAGGUCUUUUGACGAACUAAGUUUUUUUCCCACGAGCUGGACUGCUGUGUUUAGUCAAGUGUGUCGAAGGCCGAUUUUCAAGUUCUGUGUUUACAAGUUGGCGGAAGCCGUAAGAUAUCUGAAGUUCAAGUGAGAGUUUGUUAUUAUCGGUAGAGGCUUUUUAGUUGCACUUAAGUUCAAGUUAAGUUUGUGUUGGCGGAUGCUGAGUUUUAAAGCUCUGAAAAGGCUAUGUUCCUUUGGUAUUAAACUUCCUUGUGUUAAUCCGACAUUCCUGCGUGCCGAUAGUCAGUGAAUAAUUAUCCUCAAAACAUUCGAACUCGUAACAGCCAAUUCCAUGCUCAACGUAAUUGACUCCUUACCCAUGCCUUACAUAUCUUUAAUCAGUACAUGAGACUGCUAUGCUGUUUUGAAGCCUGAUGUGACUAAGAAAAAUAGAGAAUUCUUUUUUCACUAUUUGUUUUUUAGACUUGUUAUUCACCGCCAGUAACCUCAUAUUUGACUUAGGUCUAAACGUUUAGACCCAAGUCAAAUAUAGAAGGAUUUGUAUGGAGUCAUCAGAGCAUAACUGGGCUAAUAUCUCAGAGACAGUUUGUCCCGAAAUGCUUGUUUUUGGCAAGUAGGCCUCUUGGAUAUUGCUCUUUUCAGAAUAUCCUGACAAAUCCCAUAAUCUCAGAAAUUAACACCUUACUCUUACCAUAUUUCAUUUCUUACUAUUCCUCCGCAUUUACAAUUAAUCAGUUCCACAACCACGACGCAGAAGUGUACGCUCCGUAGCGUCUUGUUGAUCGUCAUUCCGACCAUCAUCUUUCCAACGAAUUGGGUGAAGGAUCUCUGUAAAGCCUUCUUCGGUACAGGCAGGGCAGAACAAAACCAGUUCCGGAAAGUAAAUCAGUGGAUCCCACAGAAAUACAUCAGGAACGAGAAAUGCAUCAGGCAACUUGCUGAGAUUUGUUAUUUAGUACUCUCCUCAAGGAAGCGCUCGGUACGGCCCACCCGGUAUAUAUGAAUACGUAAUAAAUUCUGUCGUUGGUUUGUUAAGCGGUACUGCGUUACAACGGAUAGCAAUACGAAAACAUUCUAAAUAUACAAAUUCACAAAUAAAUAACAACGUAAGUGGUCUCCAAUAAUUUCUUGACGCCAUAUCAUCCAACUAGGGAAAUAUGAAGCCUCGUCUCAGAAGUGUUUCAACCACUCAACAUUUGUCAAUGCUGGCUCAACAGACCGAUGAGAGAGACAGGGGAUGACAAAUGCCGAAGCGGGUGUCGGAGUAGUGAUAGUUCAUUUACUGUUAAAUGAGCAGAAGGGUUUCGAAGAACCGUUUUCUUAAGUAAACUAAAAUGUUUUUUGCUUGUUUGGGCGGGACAUAAUCUCUUGAAAGAGACAAUGCAUUAAUGCAAAGGGGGAUAUUACAAAUUCAAAGAAUCUUAGUUUGGCAGUUUUUGUUAAAUCAACCUCAUUACAUUCGCAGCGGAGAACUGAGUUUGUUUUCAGGCGUCGCUUGCUAAGAAGGAAGACCAUGAAGUUUGUUUUCCAGGCGUCGCCUAUCUGACCGAAAUGACCCAUCUGAAGACCCAUCUGAAGACCCAUAUGAAAGACCCAUAUGACCCAUCUGGGGAAAUGACCCAUAUGAAAUGACCCAUCUGACCCAUCUGACCCAAAUGACCCAUCUGACCCAUCUGACCCACAUGACCCACAUGACCCAUCUGACCCAAAUGACCCAUAUGACCCAAAUGACCCAUAUGACCCAUCUGACCCAAAUGACCCAUCUGACCCAUCUGACCCAUCUGACCCAUAUGACCCAUCUGACCCAAAUGACCCAUCUGACCCAUCCCAUAUGACCCAUAUGACCCAUGACCCAUAUGACCCAUCUGACCCAUCUUCCAAAAUGACCCAUCUGACCCAUCCCAAAUGACCCAUCUGUCCCAAAUGACCCAUCUGUCCCAAAUGACCCAUAUGACCCAUAUGACCCAUAUGACCCAAAUGACCCAUAUGACCCAUCUGACCCAUCUGACCCAUCUGACCCAACUGACCCAUCUGACCCAUCUGACCCACAUGACCCAUCUGACCCACAUGAACCAUCUGACCCAUCUGACCCAAAUGACCCAUAUGACCCAAAUGACCCAUCUGACCCAUCUGACCCAAAUGACCCAUCUGUCCCAAAUGACCCAUAUAACCCAUCUGACCCAUAUAACCCAUCUGACCCAUAUGACCCAAAUGACCUAUGUGACGGGUACUUUAGCAGGAGAGAGCCAUUAUUGUUGCGAUAGUUUAUGACGUCAGUUGUGGGUUCUUACACCGAGGAUGAGCCCUGACUUCAUUGUAAAUUGGAUUUGACAGCAGUGCAGGCUGUUGAUUUAUUUGGAUCUGGAUCUAUUCGGAACGUGGAAUCUUUUGUGGAAUAAAGAUAAGGUUUGCGUACGGAGUUUGAGUGUUCGUAACAAGGUAACACUAAUUUUAAAAAGAAAUUAAGACGGAAUCCACCAGGAAAUUGAGUAAUUUUAAUUCUCAAUGGACUAAAACCUUGUAAAUAUUGCAUUCAAGGGCUACAGAUGUAAUGAGUAAUCUGUAAUAACACCAAAGAAAAUUUCUCAUGGGAGUCCGAGAAAAUGAAUGUCAAAUUUCACAAGAAUUGUGAAAACACAAGUAAAUUUCUAAAAAAUUUCAAGUGAAAGAUGUAAUUUUGUGAAAUUUGACAUUCAUUUUCUGACUAAUAACAUCUUUAGCCCUUCAAAAAUGUAAAUUUGAAAGCAAUAUGCUUUAAAUUAUUCUGGUACAAGGUUUUUGUCCAAAGCUGUCUCGAAUCUGAGCGCGCUUGAAAUUCACAUCUUAACAACUGCGAAAAUCUAUCAAUUAAACACAUACAACAAAGUUAAUCUAUUUAACCGUUCGGUAGAGAUCCAAUAAGUGCAACAAUAGUCUGAGAAACGUAACGCCUCAAUACACCACAAAACAGGAUUUUCCCCGCUAUAAUAUUUUUACUUUUUAAUACACGUGCAUAAUUACACGAAAAUCAAGGGCGCCAAAUCGGGGAAAAUUACAUUAUUGCCAAACAGCAAAAAACGUCAUCAUUUUACAUGCGUCAUUUCAGUCAUCGCGGAAAAUAAGCCGCAUGCUCAUCACUAGUCUCAUUUGUAUACAAUGAAAGUCGUCACGAUUCUUAUCCCCAGUUUUCACGGUCUCCGCUAGGAACGCCUGGGAGCAUGGCCUCCUAAUUGGUGCCCACAGGACAAAGAAAAAUAAAAAAAGAAACGCCUGCAUUUUUAGAGUCUAGCUCUGCUAAAGCAAGCUCGACUAAAUAACUUUGCUUACUUGGUUUUUCUUCUGGGCUCCUAACCGCGAAGAAAACAGUGAUAAAUUUAUCCAGGGCAAAUUUAAUUUCGUCGCUUGUCAUCUUUUGACUUUUCUUCAAAACGACAACUGAGUAUUUUCUUUAACUUCCACUUCUUAUUUGUAUAUUACAUCGGUGCAUUUUAAACCGCACAGAAGAGGGGAUUUCCUGAAUUUUCCUCAAUCUUACAGCGCUAGUUCAGUUUCUUGGCGUGCACCAACGGGCAAAUGGUAGAUGCCUAACUGACCAAUCAGAGCGCGCGCCUUAUUUUUGUUAUGUUAUAAAUUAUAAUAAAUUCAUUGGUUAAUGAUGUGCCCGACACAAUUUUACCGGUCUUAUGAGUAUAAGGCAAAGGUAGAUCACGGCAGAUUGCUUCAUUUCUAGAAAAAUCAGGGGGUUUAUUUGCUGAUAAUAGUCUCCUCCACCUUAAAAGUAAACUUUCUAGUAUAAGACUGAUGACUGCAACCACGACUAUAGCUUCCUAGCAAUGUGUCUCAUUUUACACGGUAUUCUCCAUUGACUAUAAUCAUCUUCAUUUUAAUUUUUUUGCUUUUUUUUAGAUUACAGAGUAACAAGAAGAGGACAAAUGCAUGUCAAACACUUAAGAAAGGUUGCAAACAAGAUCUUGGGUUUAAAAUUCCCGAAUGCUGAUUUACAGAAGUACUUCAUUCGUAAAAUUCAAAAUCUUUGUAAAACUGUGCUUAGGGACUGUUGCAUUGAAUUGGAAGUAUCUGCAUAUAACGUUGAAGGAGCAGCCUCCUCCACAAAUCAUGCACAGUAUCUCAUCCAAUCCAUCGAGAAUCAUUGUCCAUUGCCUCUGGAAAUUAAGGAAAAAUACCAAGAGGUUUGUUCGUUAUUUGAAGAAUCUGCGAUAACAAAUUUUCUGAGUAUUGUUCCUUACCUCGUUCAGAACAUAAAAGAAAUCUUUGUUGACCAUAGGAUGACAGAAGUUCCCCUGAAUGGCCUAAGAGGACUGCCAAGGGAAAAGCUAGAUGUGUUUGUUACUAGUAUUCAAAGUGCCGAAAGAAACGACGAUUUUUUCAGGCUUUUGAGUAAUUGUUCCAGAAUCCUCGAGCUACUAUGCCUGGAAAACUACGACAAGGAGCCCAACGUAGAAAUUAAAAAAUGGGGCGAAAGUUUGGCAGUUUUACCUAUGCUGAAUUAUCUAAAGCCGUAUUUUCAACACUGUAGUCAAGAUGUUAGAUUGCAUAAGAGGCUAGAACUGUUUUCUCGUUGCUUGAGAGAGACCAUUGACGAUCGUGAUCGCCUUGACCAAUUUUUUGUGCACGAUUUUUCUAACGUUUUGUCGAGUCUCAUUCAUUUCGCAAAGAUUGACCCUUCAAAAGAGGUGAGAUUUGAACUAAAUGGUUCUACUGAUCUUCCCUACUCACGUGCCCUUGAGACGGUUAAAUACGACAAACUGGAAAACACGUACUCUCAGGUCUUUCGCAUCAAACGAGACGCAGAAGAUGAGCUUCAGCUCCAUGCAACAGCACGUGUAUACAACGAAGGAGAAAUUUGUACAAAAGGAACUUUUCAGUCAACGAUCAUGGUAACGUCUCACUGCGAAAAAGCUCUUUUAAACUGCCAUAUCAGCCAUUUCCAUGAAAUCACAGCGACAAAGCUGGAAGACAGAGAGUCGGGAAAUAUUUGUGUUGUCUUCUGCACUUCUCGAAAGGAGAAGCUCUUAGAACUACUAGACGUCCUGCAAAAGGAACUAAGAGAGAACGCGGUUGAUUUGAGCAAGUCGAAAGUGACUCAGUGUCCUCUUUGGAUGCGAAGUCACGUUACUUCAAAGGAAGAUGCAGUUUUAAGCCUCCGUCUAGUGUAUAAAUCGGGGUCCGCGGCAGUUGUUCUUGACAGCAAGGAUUUUGUAACGUUUGCGAGGUCAUCCCACGGACAAUAUGAAGGUAAGUUAAAAUAUUUGACUUGCUGAUGACCAGCCGUUUUUUAACUCGUAGUUGUGCCUAUAUUACAAGUUGUAGCUGGCUCUGCUCUUAGGUUAUUACGUUGUAAUUUUGCAUAAAACAAACUGUUUUACCCGCGUUGUUGAGGCUAUUAAAACUCUUGGUUUCUAGACAACCGAGUAGGAAUCUGGAAGCUGUUUUAGGUCAAUUCUGUGCUUAAGUCAUGUAUCAGGUUAUAGUUACUUAACCCACACAUAAAAAGCUCCGUUAGAGAUAAGAGGAAGAUACCAAACAGAUUUCAUCAGCGAGAACAAGCCAUUAUAAUUUGGGGGGUGAUUUUUGUAGGUAUAGCACUAGAGCUUGAAAAAGUUUUUGGCCCAACUAUUUCAAGUUUCAAACCGUGUUCAUUUUUCCAUCCGACGACAGGGAGCAGUUUCAAUGCGUAAAUAUAGUCUUAAAUAACAAAACUGAACCAUUAUUUUUGGAAUUCAAUUCAAUUUCCAACUUUAAAUUGGAAUAAAGUUUAACCUUAGUUUUUAUAGAGAAAGCAAAUAGUGUGAAAUAGCUCCUUUAAGGAGAAGUAAAAAUGGGAGUACCACACGGAGAAAAAACUCCGGAGCAAGGUUCGUAACCAACAAAAAAUAUCGGGGACGUUUUAAAAUGUUCCUUUAAAUUGGAAUGUGUCUCAUCUCAUCUUUUUUGGUGUCUGAAAACAAGGUAAUUGCAACAGUAUGCGACCUACGUCGACCCACGUAGUCUUCCAGACUGUAAGACACAAAAGCCGCGCGUUUAUAGAAACUACCGGACUGGGCAGAAUCUUGGGCGUGGAACUUGAUAGCAUGUUAAAUUUUAUAGAACAUAUUUCUAGUCAGCUAAAAAAGGGAGGCGUAUGCGAAGACCUGGCGCACUAAGGAGAAUUAGGCGUUUUGUACCUAUGGACGUUAUGCUAGCAUUAUACAUUUUACCACCUCUAGAAUACUGUAGUUCCCUCCUGUUAGGGGUGGGGAAAGUCCAGGCCAAUAAAAUUGAAGACGCCAAUCAUUAUAUAGUAGGUACACUGACAGGGCACGGGAAAUCAAUGCCUUACCAAGAACUCUUAAAUAUAUGUAAGGUGGACACUUUAGAGUGUAGGAAAAAGCAGCAAUCUCUGAUCCUAUUAUUUAAAUUCAUUGGGAAUAUAGGGCCAUUAAAGACUUUUUUAACAUGAGAGAAACGUCUUACAAUUUAAGAGGAAAUGGUGUUAAUCUUGCGUUCUCAAAUUUAAUCUUAAGUUUAUGAGGAACUCUUUUACUUACAAGUGCGCUCAACUAUGGAAUUAACUUCCAGAAGAUAUCAAGCUGGCCGAUAAUGUUAAUAUUUUUACGUCUAAGCUAAUAUCAAGAAAGUUUCCAUCAUGGUCUUAUUAGAUAUGUCUCAAGCAUUUGAUAGUAUUCGACACGACAUCUUGUUAUCCAAGCUACAAUAUCUCGAUUUUUCCCAGGGUGCGUUGGAUUGGUUUCAGAGUUACCUUUCUAACCGACAACAGUGCGUUCGAAUUGGUGACGCAGUUUCUAAAGUACUCCCACUUGAGUUCGGAGUUCCGCAAGGCUCUAUUUUAGGUGCGGUUUUGUUUACAAUCUAUGUAAACGACCUCCUUUCUGUUCCUAAACGUUGUCUAUCUGCCUCCUAUGUUGAUGACUGUAAAUUGUAUUUGUCCUUUUCACCUGCCGAAUUACCCACGUCCAUCCUCGCCUUAAACGAAGAUCUUACGAGAAUAUCUCAGUGGUGCUGUAAAAACUCUCUUUUGAUUAAUCCAGACAAAACUAAGGUUCUAGCUGUUGGAUUACCACAACUUUUAAAGAAACUGUCAUCAUUCAGUAUAACACUUUUUGACAAGGAAUUAACACCUGUGCCUGUCGUUAAGGACUUGGGUGUUCUUCUCGACACACGCCUCAGUUAUAACCAACAUAUCACUGAGACUGCCUCGAAAUGCCUUUUUAAAUUGUACCAAAUUAACGGAAUCAAGCAUCUCCUGGAUAGGAAAACACUUUUGUUAGUAAUAAAUUCAUUUGUCUUUAGUAAACUCCAAUAUUGUUCAACUGUUUGGAGUAAUACCAGCAGCAGCAAUAUUGACAAGUUACAAAAAGUCCAAAACUUUGCUGGACGAAUUAUUCUGGGACUAAGAAAGUAUGUCCAUAUUUCGGAUGGGUUGCGAUCGUUGAAAUGGCUUCCUAUUAGAGAGAAACUCAUUCUAAAUGACGCUACUAUGAUGCACAAAUGUAUUAACAAGCUUGUUCCAGACUAUCUUGCUGAUAUGUUUAAAUCACGUUCUCAAGUCCAUAAUAGACAAACUCGAUCAUCUGGUGCUUUGAAUAUACCUUUAUGUCGCCUGUCAACAGGGCAGCGCUCCUUUGCUUUCAGAGGAGCCAAACUCUGGAACUCCUUGAAUGAUAAUAUUAAGUCCUUAAAAUGCCCCAGGAAUCUUAGGCGUCAUCUUGCAAAUGUUUUAUUAAGUUGAUAUAUUUUUUGUAAUUCUAAUAUUAUUGUACUUACAUUCUUAAUUAAUUUAUAUAAAUUUGUAGUUUUUAUUCUGCUGAGCUGAAAAGCCCACUUAGGGAGCAUCAAUAAAGUGUAUGUAUGUAUAUGUAUGUAUGUAUCAAUUAAGCUGUAAUUUUUCUAUUUUUGUAUAUUUUUUGUAAUUUUUAUAAUUUUUUAUAUUCGUGUGUACAUAGAUUAUAGAUUAUAUAUUUAUUUUUUUCACACUAGAUAUUAUUAUUGUAAUUGUAGAUUUAAUGCACGUUCGUAUUUUGAACGAGCACUUGUGCUCUUAGACGCUAACGUGGUUAAAUAAGUUAUUGUAUUGUAUUGUAGGUUGGAACGAAGAACCGAUCCUGUUGGACAAGCAAAUUUGCUUUGCAGCAGAUACCCAACUGGAAGAGGAAAAUUCUGUACAAGAAAGCAACGUUAAUGUUCCAUCAGAGCACAUGCAAAUCUUCAUUAGGACGAUGGAGGAAAAGAUUAUCACGAUAGCCGUAAACCCGGGCGAUUGUAUCUGGAAUGUGAAGACAGUAAUCCACAAGUUGUACCAAUGCCCACCAAACUCGCAACGUCUAGUGUUUGGUGGCAUGAGACUAGAAGACGAACGCAGUCUGAGAGAUUGCAAUAUCCAGAAUGGAUCAUAUCUGUACUUGGUUCAAAGACUUCGAAAUAGUGAAAAGAUGCCAAUUAAUCAUUUACAAAUACCGCAUUAUUGA